GUGGGGAGACAGAAUUUCCUGUUCAAAGUUCACGUUGUAUUUUCGAUCACAUGCGAAAGCAGCAUUAAAAAAAAAUAAUAAUAAAAUCCAUGCAUGACAUAAAUGUAUGAUAAUGUGGCAGUGAGAGUAGUAUUGGUGAACUAGUCUCAGGAGCAGUGGGGUUGAAUUAAAACCUGUGUGAUCAUAGAGCUUAGUUGUGAUCAUGGACAAUUCUUUUGAGUCUGUGGUCAAUUUGCUGGAGUCCUACAGAGGAAGAGAUAAAGUGAUAAGGACAGUUUGCUAUGGAUCACAACUGGUUGGUGGCAUCAUCUCAAGAAAAACAGAUAACUCCUCACAGCUUGGGAAGAGUCUCCUGCUCUUCUCGGCUCAGCUCAGUCAGUGCCGGACAGUACUGCGCCUGUUUGAUGACCUUUCGAUGGCUGCUUACUCGCUGAGCUACGGUUUAGGAUCCACGGAGAAGGACAAGGUGUUGCAGUGCAUGUCGCUGCUGAUUAAUAUCGCGGAUCAGCUGUAUUACCCGUGUGAACACGUAGCCUGGGCAGCUGAUGCAGAGCUCAUUAAAGUCAAGUCUGAUAAAUGGUGGACACUGAGCACAAUCUUGUGGGGCGUGUCUUUACUUCUUGGCACUCUCAGAUCGCUCAGAAUAAUCUGGAAAUUAAGGAAGAAAGCACAGAGAUGCAGAGAAGCUGGGCAAGGGGAGAGCAAGGAAAACAGUACUUCCACUCCCACUGAGAUUCAUAAGCAGAUUUGGGGAGAGUUCCUUAAUAUUCUUAGCAGCCUGGCAGAUCUGAGCAAUGCUAUUCAUUGGAUGCCACCUGGAUUUCUUUGGGCCGGUCGCUUCCCUGACUGGCUGGUGGGACUGAUGGGAACCACCUCCUCCCUGCUUGGCAUGCUGCACAUGAGUUCCAGCGAUUAAAGUACCACUGUCUGACAUGAUGAACUACAUGGACCUGAAUAAAUGUUUUUUUUUCCCCAUAGAGGCUACAAAUUCACUUUCAAUUUCAUAUUAGGGUUUACAGAAUAAAUCAGAAGUUUACAAUUACUUUCUGUUAAUACAACAGGUACAUUCCUUAUAUCAUGUAUACAGUAUAUAAUUGUGGAAUAUAAAUCAUCGAGAGACUGAUUGUACAGUAAAAGAAUUAUAGCACUUUAGGUUCUACACAACAAAUUUUUAGAUUAAAAACAAUUUAUACACGGAAA